GGCUCCUUCAUUGGCCAGAAUCUCGCUAUACCCCGGCAGCCGUCCCAACCCCCGGUGCACUCUCACCAACAGUCUCCCCUCCGAAAGUUGCUACCUGGUCAAACGUCAAUCGCUCCGGCUCGGAAACCUAACGAAAUGGCUGUAUCCACUGGCGCAAACUCAGUUGUUGCAGGGCCAUCUGUGCAAGGCGCACCUGAAGGACACAAACUUCCUCCCCACCUCGCCGCUCUGAAUCCCGCAGUCACCAAAAUCACCUACAUUCCCUACAAAGCCUCCAAAACUGACGACUCUGCAGACGGUGCUGAGGAUGAGAAGAAGUCAGAUGACGGGCCUUCCCAGCCGGAAGGAGAUGAGUCUAAGGAAGCGAAGAAAGCACCUGUCAGGUUUGAAGACCCAGUCUUUACACUCACGCCCUUCGAGAUUUCAACAUUGAAGGAAGUCAUGGCUCAGGACACCAUUUAUGAGGCUAUAUACCGCGCGAAACAGAACCGCAUGUUGCAUGAGAUGCGCACAGCAGGUCCUGCUUCUCGUCCAGCGUGGUGGGACCGUGACUUUGCUCCGCAUAUAGGAGUCAACAGGCGGCCGGACAGAUUCGAUGUACGAUACCCCAGACUGCACAAGAAUGAUGGUAGUACACUGAGGCGGAAAGGUGCAAGGAGAGAAGGCAUUCGGAUACCCAGACGACUUCCACCCGAGUUGGCGGAUCGUCCGGAACAACUGGUUCCGAUCAGACUCGAAUUUGAUGUGGAACAUCACAAGAUGCGAGAUACGUUCCUGUGGAAUCUCAACGAUCCGGUCAUUACUCCGGAGAUGUUUGCGCAGACCCUUGUCGAAGACUACUCGCUCUUGUCUAGUUAUCACAGCGUAAUCGUGAAGUCGAUACAGGAACAAUUGAGCGACUUCAAGGCCCACAUGGUCGACAUGGAUUGGAAGGUACCACCUUCUGCCGUCGAGACGACCCAAUCGGAAGAUCCCAAGAUAGAAGAGCUCGAUGAGUCGGGGUUAGAAGAUAAAGUUAACUGCGGAACUGUUGAUAGGGUUGAGUGCUCUCUGGAUAGUAAUGGUGAUAGCCCUAUAAUUGGUAAGGGGAUUUUGGACGAAGAAGAGGUUCGGUGGUGGGAAUCCUGGCGGAAACGCUGCAGGAAAGAGGCGUUUUCACGAAGUGCUACCUUGACUAACCGUCGAAAAAAACGCAAGGUCGCUACUGGUGCGGCUUCCAAUUCGGAAAUUUCCACUACCAAGGACGACAACGCGUCGCGUAUGGUGGACGAAUUUGAGCUCGAUGAGAAGAAGAUGCAUGAAGAUUUACGUAUUUUGAUCAAGCUCGACAUCAUCGUCGGCUCCGUGAAGUUGGAUGACCAGUUCGAAUGGGACCUUGAGAAUGAGAAUGCUUCUCCCGAACAAUUUGCGGAAGUCUAUGCGAAAGAACUAGGCCUGGGAGGCGAAUUCCAAACCGCUAUUUCUCAUUCCAUACGAGAGCAGGUCCACGUAUACCAGAAAUCCCUCUUUCUCGUGGGUCAUCCUGGGGGCGGGUCUCAGGUUCAAGAUGAAGAUCUUCGCAUGGCUUUCUUGCCAAGCCUCACCUCUGGCACGAGAUCCAUGGAUCAAGUGCAGUCCUAUACACCCACACUCAACUAUAUGAGCGACGGCGAGAUUGAACGCAGCGAGAGGGAGCGCGAGAAGGAACUGACCAAGAGACGGAAACGGAACACUCGUGGCCGGCGCGGCAUUGCAUUGCCCGAUCGAGAGCCUAACAGAACGUACCGAACGCCAGCGAUUGGCUUCCCAGAACUGGAUGCUGCCACUUUGGCUCUGGCUGCCGCUGUGAAUGCACCCACGUCGAGGCGUGCUGCGGCCGCUGCUGCAUCACUGACAAUUGCGAAUAUGGUGGCCUCGGAAAAUGGAACACCUAUUUUGCCUUUGCAAUUGCCCCAACAGCAACCAACUCCUAUGGUUACGGUGACCCCUGGCAAAGAGAAGAAGCCGAAGGGGCUUUUCAAGCCUCCAUCAUACCCGUCUUCUGUCCUCCGACCGCGUGCGCAAGUCAGUGCGCCGACGCCCUCCACUGCAGUCGAGUCCACUUCGAUGUUGCCAUCUUCUCUUCUAGACAAAGAACCCCCGCCUCCCGUUGUAAACCCUCCACCGCCAGACUCCAAAACCGCAGCUAAGAAGGCACGAGAGGCUGAAAGGGAAGCGAAGGAGAAGGAGCUUGCUGAUGGUCAACACGCGAACGUCAUCAAUGGCGUAUGGCACUGUUCGAACUGCGGCUGUCCUGAAAACAUAGCCAUAGGGAGGCGGAAAGGCCCUCUUGGCGAUAAAUCACAAUGCGGUCCCUGCGGCAAGUUCUGGCAUCGACAUAGACGGUUACGCCCUGUCCAGUACAAUCCUGACCCUGAGUAUCAUCUCAAUCUCAGUAAUGAGACCGAUCAAACGAAGACCAAUACCAAGAAACGAGGUCGUGCGCCAAAUUCUGCUGCCGUGGCAGAAGGCAACGAAACGCCGAGUCGUCAAAAAUCCGAAGCAGAAGCGCCACCACCCGUAACUUCGACUGUACUACCCUCAGAGGACGACAGACCAGUUUCUCCAGUGACCUCGGCUUCCAGCGGUGACGAGGCCCCUCUUGCGCAACAGUCGUUGAAGAUUAACGGUACAUCGCAACAACCAGCAACGUCAUCACGUCCUGGCACACCAGACUCCCCGCGACCGCCGACCGAUACCCAGCUAACGUCUCCUGGGGAGCCCAGGUCUGGUUCAGCAGCACCUCAACCCAAUGGGUCGACCACCUUACCUCUGUGGCUUACUGUUGCGAUGCAUGAUUUGCAAGCCAAGUAUCCAGAUGACAAAUUUGAAGCGAUCCUGCGCAAGCCUGCACCCAAGGCGCUUCCAGAGUGGAGAAUCAAGUGUCUUGAUUGUCCUGGAAAGCUCUACAACCCUGGUCCCGGUGACACACUUUCCAAUUAUGAAGUGCAUCUUAGGAAUCGACAGCAUCGUUCUCGGGUCAACAGUCGUGUCACUAGCUCUUUCGCAUAGCUUUGUGUUGGUUUUGCAAUGCUUUCUCUCUUCGUUCCAACUCUAGUUAUUUACUCUGCAUUGGUCUUGUGUCAACGUCAUUUUUGUGCCUCUACUUUGUAUAUGCCUUAUUAUCCUGUUUAUAUGUGACA